CGCUGUAUUCCGAUUCUUCGCAUUCCUUGCGUUGCGUUUGAUUUUUGAGUGCUUGUAUCUCUGCAGUUGGUCCAAAAUAUUUAUAUUUGUUUAAUUUGAAGUGCUGCAUUGUUAAUUGUUAAUGAUAUAUUAUCGCAUUUGAUUUCCCGAUAAAAUGGAAGACUUUUAGCCCUUGGGCUACAGACGAAGAUAGUAAAGACAUCAAUAAAAGGAAUACGCAAGAAAAGGCAUCAUGUUUCAGAAACAGACUUUCGGCAGUAACACUUCGGGCUUCGGCUCAUUCAAUAGCGGCGCGACGGCGUCGUCGCCGUUCGGCGGCUUCAAGCCAGCGGCCGGCGGGAGCGCGUUUGGUGCCCCGCCCGCGUUCGGUUCCGCGCCCGCCAGCACAUCUGCGCCGGGGGGCGGACUCUUCGGACAGACGAACACGACCGGCGGCCUCUUCGGUGCCUCGACGUCGGCCAACCCCACCGCGUCGUUCGGCUCCAGCGGCUUCGGCUCGUUCGGCGCCAGCACGUCCGCCGGCGGCCUGUUCGGUGCGAGCACCGCGUCCACCGGCCUGUUCGGGAACAAUCAGAACGCGAACGCGUUUGGCGCCAAACCGGCUGGUUUCGGCUUCGGAGCCACGGCGUCAGCGGCUCCAAGUACUGGUGGUCUUUUCAGUACACCGGCUUCCACCAACACUGGUGGUCUGUUCAGUAGUCAGCCGGCUGGCGGUGGUCUUUUCUCGUCUGGAGGCGCGUUCGGCCAACAGCAGGCGUCCGGCACGGCGCACGUGAAGUACCACCCGGUGGCCGGCACCGACGUCGUGGUGAAGGGCGGCAACUCGCAGACGGUGAACAUCCGCCACCACUGCAUCACCUGCAUGAAGGAAUACGAGACGAAAUCGCUAGAGGAACUCCGCCUGGAGGACUACACGGCCGGCAGGAAGGGCAGCAGCGGUGUUUUCGGAUUCCAGCAGCCAGCUGACAACACCGUCAAACCACUGUUCAACACGGGAGCAUUCGGUCAACCGGCGACUACGACCGCUCCGAGCCUGUUCGGCGGCGGCAGCUUGGCCAAUACCAGCGGUUUCGGACAGACCAGUACAUUUUCGUUCGGAAACAACGCACAGAACACCAGCACCACGGGCUUGUUUGGUGCCAAUAAACCGGCGUUUGGUGCCACCCCCGCUACGGGUACGAGUCUGUUCGGCGCCACCACAACGCAAGCGCCGGCGUUCGGCACCAGCACAUCCACCUUCGGAUUCGGCUCCAACACACAGAAUCAGACCGGCGGCCUGUUUGGGGCGAAACCGGCGACCGGGGGCUUCGGGGCGCCGGCCACCAGCUCGGGCUUCGGCUCGUUCGGCAGUGGCGGCGGCCUGUUCGGGGCGAAGCCCGCGCAGACCGCGGCGCCCACCUUCGGCACCACCACGCCAGCGUUCGGCGCGAGCACGUCCGGGUUCGGCGCGGGCGCGUCCGCGUCGCUGUUCGGCGGCGGCGGCGCGUUCGGCAAGCCGCCCGCCGCGCAGCCCGCCUUCGGGUUCAACGCGCAGCCGCAGCUGGGCGCAGGUCUUGGCACGGGCUUGGGCACGUCGUUCCAAGCGAAGCCCACCACCUUCAGCACCCUGGGCACCGGCACGUCGCUGUUUUCGCAGCAAAAUAACACCUUUCAGACCGGUCUCAACACGGGUCUAGGCGGCGGAGGUCUCUUCAACAACAGCUCGAGCCUAGGCGGCACGGGGCUCGGCCUGGGACAGAGCAGCGUUAACACUAGCUUGGUGCCAAGCGGCGGCCUCGGCGCGCCGGCCGGCUCGAACGUGCACGAGCAAAUACUCACGUUGGCGGCGCGACCUUACGGAGAUUCGCCGCUUUUCAAGGACCUCUUGCCUGAUACGUCUACGACAGCCGAAGACGUGCUCAAACCGACCAAUCCGGUGGCGGUGAAGGCGGUACUCGACGGCAGUAGCGGGUACAGUGUGACGUCACCGCCGCCGCCGCCUCUGCGCGUCGUGCCGCGUGCGCUCGCGCGGGACAAGAAGUCGCUGUUCGACGGCCUCGAAGAAUCGGACGCCAGUUUGGAAGACAAGCUCAGCCUGAAGCCGAGCCGCAAGCGGCUGGUGCUGAGGCCCAAGAAGGAUGGAAACGACAGUCUCAAUAGAUCCAUAGAGGAACCGUCGCGGCCGCAAGAGAACGGCGGCAAACAAGCGGAGCCGGUGUCCGGAGACGGGGUCGACCACGGCGCGUCGCAUAUACGUGAAAUAGAGAGGGAGAGGGAAGAAAGAGACGGGAGGAGAUCCGGCGAGCAGAAGCAAUACGAGGAACUCAAUGCUGAGAAACAGAACAGCUGGCCAUCCAGAGGUUCGUGGGACAACCAGGAAAGGGCGAUCGACGGUGAAGCCACGCCGCGGCUGUAUCCCAACUUGGACAAGGAAUUGCCAGCGCAGAUUUCGGAGAGGAGAGCCAGUUGGCUAACCACGAAACCGCUGCGGAAGCCGCUGGUCUCGAACCCGGACCUGGUGGAGAACUCGGUGCGGGAGCUCGGCGUGCGCGCGGACAGGUCCGCGCCGUCCAACGAUAAGGAGAACAUAGACAGCUUUUAUGUGUCAGAGGAGGAGAACGCGUCCGCCCGCGAGGCGCCCCCCCACCCGGCGGGGGUCAAACUGACCCGCCCGGGGUACUACACCAUACCCAGCUUGGAGGAAAUUACGAAUUACCUGCGGGCGGACGGCACGUGCGUCGUGCCGCACCUGACGAUCGGGCGGCGCAACUACGGCAACGUGUACUACAACUGCGAGAUCGACGUCGCCGGCAUGGACCUCGACGCUUUGGUGCAUUUCCUCAACAAGGAGGUGAUCAUCUACCCGGAGGACAGCGAGCGGCCGCCCGUCGGCGAGGGGCUGAACAGGCGCGCCAUCGUCACGCUGGACCGGGUCUGGCCCCGGGACAAGACCGAGAAGCGGCCCGUCACCGAGCCGGAGAGACUGUUGAAAAUGGACUUCGAGGGCAAACUGCGGCGCGUGUGCGACAAACACGACACGCAGUUCAUCGAGUAUCGGCCGCAGACCGGCAGCUGGGUGUUUAAAGUGGAGCACUUCAGCAAGUACGGGCUGACGGAGUCCGAUGAGGAGGACGACAUCACCCCGGAUGUGAUGAAGCGGCAGCUCGUCACACAGACGCUGCAGAAGGCCGCUGCCGUUGCCCCAAAGGCCCCGAGCGGGGCGCUGCCGGGCCGGUCCCCGCUGGGCCCCGCUACGGGGCUCGGCGGGCUCGCCUCGCUGGGCGGCGAAGAUGUAUUCCUCCAGACAUCACUCAAUCUGAUGAACGGCUCGAAAGGUUUCGAGAUGGACACCACUGAAGACAACACGGAAGCGCCUAGCUUAUACCAAGAGAGUAGGGCGUUCGGUGUGAAGAGUCCCACGUCGGAGUUGGCGCGCUUGGAGCAUCGGCAGAGUCACAACGUCCAGCUGAUGAAAGCGUCUCUGUAUGCCGACACCGAAAUGGACGACGACGCGUCCAUAUCGACGGGCGAUCAGCUCGUUCCACACGCGACGAGCGUCAUCAUGACUGCGCCAACUCCCUCGAUAUCUCACAAGGAAGUGGCGGAGGAGGUCCCGAUCCUGGUUGACGAGCCUGUAAUGCGGCCGCUCAUAGUGCACCCGCACACUGUUAUAUUGGAGUAUAACAGGAAGGUGCCGCCUUUUAAGAAGACUAUAGCAGGGCGGCUGGGCGGCGGCUGCCUGGCGGACAUGUCGGUGUGGCGGGCGCGGCACACGCGCGCGCGCUUCGGCCCGCGCAACCAGCUGGUGCUCGUGACGACGGCGCGCGUCGCCGCCGCCAUGCCCAGAGACGCGGCCAUGUGCGAGCUGGACCGCUACGCGGAGUGUAACGCUGUACAGGACUUGCUAAGCAGACAGCUGGCGAGCCUCCUGGAGUUCUCCACGAGCGACGCGGACACGGCGCGACCGGUCGCGCGACUGGUCGUGCGACAAUCGCCCGCCGAUCGCAAGCGACUGCUCGACACGCUGCUGGCGGACGCGGAGAGUGCAGAGGAGUUCGAUAGCACGUUCGGCGUGUCGAGCGCGUUCUGCGUCGAGGUGUGGAAGCUGUGUGAGGCGCUGUGGGGCGACGAUUUACUUAAUGACGGCAUACCGGGAACGGAUGAACAGUCCGUGGUGAGCCGGCACGCCAACCUGCUCGCUUGGCUGAAGGACGCUGUCGCCAAAAGCACGGACAGAGAAUUGGCGGCCAGCAAUACUGUGCCGGAUGACGAUGACAAAGACGGGCACAGCGAGAAAGUGUGGACGCUUUUCGUCGGCGGGCGGAUACUGGAGGCGUGCAAGCUUUGCAAGGAGCACGGCGACCUCAACAUGGCCGCCCUCAUCGCGCAGGCUUCCGGCGACCCGCUGUUCCGCUCGCUGGUGGCGCGGCAGUUGCGCGCGUGGCGCGAGUGCGGCGCCGACGCGCUGGUGGGCGGCGCGCGCGCGGCGCUGCUGGCGCUGCUGGGCGCGCGCGCGCCGCGCGACCGCCUCGCCGCGCUCGACUGGCCGCGCGCGCUGCACGUGUGCGCCAGAUACCUCUGCCCGCAAAUCCCGACGCUGGAGCGUGUGGUGCGCAAGUACGAGAGCUUCUUCGGCGCGGACGGCGUCGACCUCGCGACCGUCGCUGGCGAGACGCUCGACAUGCGGCUGCCCGCGCCCGACUACUGCGACCGCUACUCGGUCUCCGUUGAUACGAACGGUCAAACCCGCCGCGUGCUCGACCUCCGCUACGAGCUGAUCCGCGCACGCGCACUCAACACGCGGCCGCGCGUCUCGCCGCCCACCUACACGCCGCACCCCAUGGACUACAGCUUGAGCUUCCUCCUGAGCGCCUGGCUCGGCUCCCCGUCGCCGGAGAGUGUGGUCGGCGUCGCCGAGCAGCUGGAGGGCUACGGGCUGUGGCACUUGGCUAUACAGGCGCUGCUGUACCACCCGAACGACGGCGUUCGCGCGCACCUGGUCCGCGCGGUGCUCUCGCGGCACGCGCCGGCGCAGGCCGACACGCCGGAGCUGGAGGCGCGGCUGGCGCUGCUGCGGCGGCUCGGCGUGCCCGAGCGCUGGCUGCUGACUGCGCAGGCGCACCGCGCUAAGUACGAGAACCGUUGGCAGGUGGAGGCGGAGCGGCUGGCGGCGGCGGGCGCGCACGGCGCCGCGCACGCCGUGCUGCUCGACCACCUGCUGCCCGACGCCGUGCUCUCCGACAACGUGAAGAGCGUCCAGCAGCUGGUGGAGAAACUCCACGAGGCUGCGCAGGCGCACCAGCUCAGCGGCUGGGAGCGGGGCGGCGAGGCGCUGUACCACUACAUCCGCGUGUGCGACCAGGUAGAUUUAAUAAAUAAAAAUAAAUGUGGCGGAUGA